AUGGCUGCCGUGGAGACGCCGCCGGUGAUGGCGGCGGGGGCCUCGGCUUCUCGCAAGCGACGGCCGCCCAAAGGGCAGUACGUGCAGGCGGCCAAGCGGGCCCGGCCGGGCGGGCGGCGGCAGCCGCUGGAGGCCGGCAUGUGCGGCAUCCUGAUCACCUGCAACAUGAACGAGCGCAAGUGCGUGGCUGAAGCCUACAGCCUGCUGGGCGAGUACGGAGAGCAGCUCUACGGGCCCGAGCAGUUUGCAGAGCGAGACGAGGACAGGCUCUCUGGGAAUGAGGAGGAGGAAGAAGAAGAGGAGGAAGAUGAUGCUGAAGCGGCUUUGAAAAAAGAAGUGGAUCAGAUUCGUACCUCCACGGAACAGAAGCAGCGUCGGUUCCAGUCGGUGGAGAGCGGGGCUAACAACGUGGUUUUCAUUCGAACGCUGGGUGUUGAACCCGAGAAGUUGGUCCACCACAUUCUGAAGGACAUGCACGCCACCAAAAAGAAGAAGACCAGGGUCAUCUUGCGCAUGCUGCCUGUGUCGGGGACCUGCAAAGCCUUUCUCGAAGACAUGAAGCGGUAUUCAGAGACCUUUUUCGAACCCUGGUUCAAAGGCCCCAAGAAGGGCACUUUCCAGAUAGUUUACAAGGCGCGAAAUAACAACCACCUCAGCAGGGAAGAAGUCAUAAAAGAGCUGGCAGGCAUUGUGGGCCAGCUCAACCCAGAAAACAAGGUCGACCUGAGUAACCCCGAAUACACCGUCGUGGUGGAGAUCAUCAAGAACAUCUGCUGCUUGAGUGUGGUGAAGGACUACGUUCUCUUCCGAAAGUACAACCUUCAGGAGGUGGUGAAAAUCAAAACGGAGGGGCAGCCAGAGGCUCCUAAAGCAUCCCCUGAGAAUGACACCCCCGGAGCACAGAGGGAAAACCAAAACGAGCGCCAAGGCGAGACAGAGACCGCCGCCAACGACAAUCACGAGGACUAG